AUUUUGGUUGGUGCGUUGCGGUCAUACCAAAAUUUAUUUGCUUUUACAUACCUAUGAACAUACUACAUGCAUACUAAUAUCGUCAGUUAUCUAUUGUUUUCUACCCUAUGAUCGAGAGCGAAUAUGCGCUUACACAUGUUCCUAUUGUUCCUCGCAAGAAAAGGAAGCAACCUGAAAAACCUCCUAAUCAACAUGCCAAGGCAGCAGAACAGUUACUUAAAAAGUUAGGAAAUCCGAAAAACGCCUGCCGUUCUAUGGUUGUGUUAGAUGAAAAUAGACCCGGAAUGCUCAGAAAUUACUCGUAUUCAGCCCUUAGUAGCAUUGCGUAGGACCAACUCAACUCGGAAAAACACUGGCACACUUUGGAGUUUUCGAGAAUACAGAUAUGGGUAUGGGUACACCAAUAGAUGGGCAACAUUUAUCCUUCAAAAUCUCCAUCCUGAUAUGGCAGAUCUGAGAAGUGAAAAUGAGGACAUUCAACUAAUCACUUGUGAAUUCGAUGAGAAUUUUCUACAAAUGUCUGGUUUAUUGACUUCCCUAACAUCCAAACUAGAAGCUAACUGGCAGUCUUCAACUCUACAAUAUUUACACUCUGCUAAUGAUCCAUUAGAACAGGGUGUUUCACAACAAUUGCCACCUUUAAUUCAACCUAAAAGUGUUGGACUGAACGGUCCCAAUGGUUCUGUACCUACAUCGUUUUCUUUCACAUGGACACGUUAUCAACCAAGAUUAGAAGUAUCUCCUCAAGAAAAUGGAUCAGAAUUAAAUGAUAACCAAUCGUCUCCUCGUAUUAAACUUGAUCCAAUCGUUGAACCAGAAGUUGUCAUUCUACUAACUACUGAUCAAAUAAAAAAUUUACUAGUAAAAUCAACUAGUAACAAUAAUAAGCAAAAUGUACACAAAAAUACAAGUUUGAUGGAUGCUUUUGGCACAACUUUAUUGAAUUUACAACGACCAGUCACGUGUAUAUUCUUGACAGGAUCUAAUUUAAAGUCGAAGAAUUCGUCAUCAUCAUCGUCGUCAUUGUCAGCAUUCAAUUCUUCUUCAUCUAUGUCAAUUAAUGAAUUAUGCAUUGAACUACAAUUAAACUGGGGUGUACACAGUACACGUAUCACUUCCAAUCUUCAUGAUGUGGCUAUGAUUUUGAGUGCAUUCACUCGAUCAUUGGCAGACAGACAAUUUAAACAUGGACGCCUAGAACGUGAUGAAGGCUUAGCUUUCCAUCCAGAUAAUGUGCAUAAAGGUUUAAGUGGUUGUGCUUUACGUGGUCGUGGUCCUGGUAGACCACCAAUAAAUGAUCCAGAAGGAUUUAUUGAUCAACAACAAGCCGUACAUUCAUGGGCUAAUCGUGUAUGGCUAUCACAAUUGGGUCAAUGGCGUGGAUUGACUGGAGAAAUAGCUUAUGCUAUAACUUUGGUGUAUCCGACUGCACGAGCAUUUUAUAAUGCUUGCAAAUCAGCUGAAAUGUGUACAAUUCGUAGUCAAGGCUGUGACCAAUCAUAUCCAGUGACAACAACAUUAUCGUCAAGUGAUAAAUGUUUGAAUCAGAAAUCCGUACAUCCAUUCGAAGCGGAAUUGGCUAACUUGGAAAUACGUCGUGGUGCUGGUGUAUUGUCAUCACGAAGACGUUUAGGUCCUGAACUUGCUAGACGUCUGAUUAAACUCUUCACAUCGAAUAAUCCAUAUGAAGUGAUCAAUUAGCUUAUCAGAACCAGAUAUUUUAUUGAUUUAUUUUUAUACUACUGUUAAUAGUAGUAAAAUGAUCUAUGAGGUGAAUUUUAUGGUAUUAGGGCACUUUAGGCAUUUUUCUACUUAGGUCAGAUUUUGUAUACAGUAAAUAUCUUGAGGAUAAAUUUCACUUGUUCUAAACCAUUUCUACAUGGGUCUGUGUUCGAC